AUGCAUGCACUCAGUUUCAUUGUAGGAGUCGUGGGCAAUGUGACGUCUAUUCUAGUCUUUGCUUCUCCCCUAUCGACGUUCUGGCGAGUGGUGAGGAAUGGAUCAACGGAAGAUUUUGAAGGCCUUCCUUACGUUUGCGCUCUCCUAAACUCGUCGAUGUGGACAUACUAUGGUGUAACGAAGGCAGACGGCUUAUUGAUUGCAACCGUAAACAGUGUCGGCAUUAUUCUAGAAUUCAUCUAUGUUGGCUUGUUUAUCAUAUAUGCACCUCCCCCAAUAAGGAUCAGGAUAGCGGUGUUAGUGGUGAUUUUGGAUGUGGGGUUUCUCAGCGGAGUGAUCUUGACCACACGUUUGGCAAUGCACGGGAGUCUACGUGUGACUGUGAUUGGAUGCAUGUGUGCAGGCUUGAGUCUAUUUUUCUAUAGUUCACCUCUUGUGGCUAUGAGAACAGUCAUAAGUAGCAAGAGCGUGGAAUACAUGCCGUUCUUCCUCUCCUUCUUUCUCUUCGUCAAUGGAGCAGUUUGGACGUUCUAUUCCUAUCUUGAAAAAGACUUCUUCAUUGGAUUAAAUAAUGGUGUGUAUUUUUGGCAGGUGCCGAAUGGCAUUGGUUUCAUACUAGGCACAGCUCAAUUGAUUCUCUAUACAAUAUACAUGAAUACCAAGAUUGCAAAAGGCAGAACAAAAGACAUUAUGGCAGAAAGCAAGGAGCCCCUCAUCAAGUCAGCUGAAGGACACAAAAUCCACAUGGGAAAGGCCUAUGAUGUGGGGAGCCAUUGCAAUGGAAAGCCCACCUCAACGUCUAUUUCCUAUUGA